UCUGUGUUUUGCUGAGUGUCUGUCUGUCUAUCUCUGUGUCUGUCUGUGUCUAUGUUUUAGUCUGUCUGUGAGUCUGUCUGUAUGUCUUCAUCAUCCUUUCUGCCUGUAUGUCUCUAUCUUUCUUUAUCUGUCCGUCUUUGUAUGUAUGUACAUAUAUGAUCAUUCCUGUCUGUCCAUCUGUAUGUCUUUCUGUUUCUGUCUGUGUGUCUUGCUUUGUCUGUGUGUCUGUAAGAGUGUCUGUGUCUAUUUCUCUGUGUGUCUGUUCGUCUGUGUCUCUUUAUGUCUGUGUGCCCCAUCUGUGUCUUUGUCUAUCUGUCUGUGUCUGUGUGUCCAACUGUUUGUCUGUGUUUGUCUGUCUGUAUGUAUUUCUGUCUAUCUUUGUGUUUGUGUGUGU